AUGCUUCCCUUUAAACAAUUGAUGACAGGGCGCUAUGCAUUUGAAAGCCAGGUCACAUGUGCCGGGCCUGCAAACCUGAUUGGGAAAAGUUUGCUAACUGAUGUACAAGCAACCCCUGGAGAUCCAAACUGUCUGUCCUUCCAAAUCUGCAGUUGUGACUCCACAGAUUGUAACUGUAACCGUAGAGAUCUCACGAGUGUCCCCCAGAACUUGCCUACAAACAUCACUACCCUUAAUUUGCCUGACAAUGACAUCACUACUUUAAGUCAGUCUGAUUUCUCAAGGUAUAGAAGUUUGGAAAUAUUACGUCUUUCGUCCAACCAGAUCUCUAUGAUCAAUAACGGAACAUUUAACCACUUGACGAACUUAACCAUUCUGGUUCUUAUCCUCAACGAACUAACGACUCUUCCAUCUGAUAUCUUUGAGGGACUUAAUAACCUACAAUAUUUGUAUCUUUCCCAGAAUCAGAUAAACAGUCUCCCAGUUAACGUAUUUGAAGGACUUGUUAACCUGGACACGCUGUUCCUUAACACUAAUCAGUUGAGCAGCCUCCCAGUUGGCAUUUUUGAGGACCUUAAGAACCUGACGACUUUGCGUCUGAAUAAUAAUAGAUUGACUAGCCUUCCAGCUGACAUAUUUCCAGUACUGUCCUCCAUUGCAAAUGUGCACAUCAAUAACAACCCCUGGCAAUGUGACUGCAAGAUGCUUCGCAUUAAGCAAAUGAUGACAGGGAGUUUUGAAUUUGAAGGUCAGAUUACAUGUGCCGGGCCUGCUAGACUUAGUGGGAAAAACUUGCUGCGGGAAGUGCGAGUAAAUCGUGACAAGCCGAACUGCCUUUCUUCUAGCUCCGGCUCAAGGUCCUUGUUUCAGACAAAACAUGCAGUGCUGACUGUUCCCUUGGUCUGGCUACUUCUUGUCCAGAUGAUUAACUAGUAAAAUCCGCCUUAAUGGUCCACAAUCUUACAAGUACAAAUAAAACAGCAAAGCUUGUCCGCAAGUUGUCAUGAAUGAGAAUUACGCUAAAUCAGUAAGUAAACAAAACCAUAGCAAUUCUCCAGGGCAACAUAUACAAAACGAUAGGUUCUGCUGCAGUACCAAAGUCACACUCCAGGGGCCCAAAAUCGACCUUGAUCUUCGUCUUUCCAACCCCUAUCCAAAUUCCACAUAUUCAUUUACAGUCCAUCCAGGGUUCUAAAGUUAUGCUGACACUACUAAUAUCUGAAAGCGCAAAGUUCAACACAUCUAUUAGGCAGAUACUCACACAGAGAUACCAAAAACAAUAUGAGUAACUCCAUUUUUCAUGGAAGUGAAAAGGCCCACUUCCAAUAAGUAUGCGAUGCGAGUACCCAACUUUACUUAGUUUGAGACAACAGAGCGGAUCCAGGUUAUCAUGAAAAUAAAAAAGUCCCAAGUUCCACAAAUAUGAAAACAGCCACGUGAAAGCAGCUGCCAAAGAUGCUGCAACAGGUUUUCAUUAAUGAGAAUGGCAAUUGGCGAGUAGAUUGACCCGUC